GCUCUACUGCCUGAAGAUCUACGGCCUCUCGUCCCUCUGGAGGCUCUUCAGGGGGAAGAAGUGGAACGUCUUGCGGCAGAGAGUCGACUCCUGCUCCUACGACCUGGACCAGCUCUUCAUUGGAACGCUGCUCUUCACCAUCCUGCUGUUCCUGCUUCCCACCACGGCGCUCUACUACCUGGUCUUCACCCUGCUCCGGCUGGUGGUGGUGCUGUUCCAGGGCGUCCUUCAUCUCAGCGUGGACUUCAUCAACUCCUUCCCUCUGUUCGCCAUGGGGCUGCGGAUCUGUCGGUCGUACCGACUGGCAGAGGGUGUGAAGUUCAGAGUGCUCUGCGAGGAGCCGGGCACCGCCCUUCACCUGCUGAUGGAGAUUAACCCGCUGAAGUGCAGCACCGUGGUGCAGACCUACCGCACGCCGACCUACAGCUGCUACCCCAGAGACUCGUGGGCCGCCCUCGUCAAGAAGCUGUUCGUCGGGGAGCUGAUUUAUCCCUGGAGACACAAAACCACCAAGACCGACUGAGGGGUCCGACCCAGAGGGGAGGCAGAAGCUGAGAAGGGAGCGAAAACUGUGACGUAUUCUGAGCAACUUGAAUGAUUGAUUAUGAGCUCAGAAACAUGAAAAACACUCAUUCCAUUAUUAUACUCCAUGUCGUUUAUUUCUGUCCACGCGUAAAAAAGAUGUGAAUCACUCCUCAUGUAGUUUAAAUGCUGCUGUGUUGUUGAACAGUAAUCUUUUACUUUUAUUGAAUUUCCUCCUAACGGGAUUAAAUCUCAAUCAAACUUUAACAAAUUAAAGUAUUUUGUCCUAACAAAACAAAUGUUACAUAUUUAGCUCGUUCUAUACUAAAAGAUGUUUUUAAAAUAAAAAUAACUGAAGAUUAUUUCUGAUUUAAAAUUAAUCAGGGCGUUAGUUCAGCCCAGUGCGUCUAGUUUUUAGUUGUUUAACCGUCACACUGCCAACAGAUGUUUAGCUCUAUUUUUACUGUCUUCUUUGUUUAAAGUUGGAUUUUCACUGGAAAACUCAGAGUUUGGUCCCUAAAGUUGAGCAACUUUUGCUGCCUUUCCAUCAUUCUGUCCUCUGUAGCUCGUUUAGGCCAAUCAGAGGCCAGUAAUGCCGGUCAUGUGAUGUGACACUCUACAGGGUUCCUACGGUCUUGGAAAAUAUGAAAAUAGGUUUUGGCAUUUUUAACAUCUGACUGUUUCUGGAAUCAUGAUUAAAAAAACAACUUUUGGAAUAAAUAGUUUUUAAAAACUUUCA